GACAGGACGAACCGGAGCGAUUUCAGCACCAGGACAGCGACACGUAGCCCUAAACAACCAACUUUCUAAAAAUCCAUCAUGGUUCUCAUCUGGACUCAGUUCGGUGUUAAACACAAAAAUGUCAAUGUGAAGUGCAAAGUGCGGGUUAUGCACAGAGGUGACAGCUCAGGCUCAUCAUCAUCAGCGGAAAGCACCAAGUCCGAGCAGGAAACACCCUGCCUGGCCAUCAAACCCACAGGCAAGGACUUCUACAAAGUCCUGGGUGUCUCCCCCGACUCCAACGAAGACGAGAUCAAGAAGGCCUACAGGAAGAUGGCUCUCAAGUUCCACCCAGACAAGAACAGCGAUGCAGAUGCAGAGGACAAGUUCAAAGAGAUCGCAGAGGCCUACGAGAUCCUGACCGACCCCAAGAAGAGAAGCAUCUACGAUCAGUUUGGUGAAGAAGGUCUGAAAAAUGGGAUGUCAUUGGCGGGCCAAGGCAACGCUUUUCGCAAUAAUUUCCACACUGACCCCCACGCCACCUUCUCCACCUUCUUCCACGGCUCCGACCACUUCGACAUCUUCUUCGGCAAUGAAGGUGAUAGCGAAGAAGACCUCUUCAACCCCUUCAGACGGUUCCCCUUCAGCCACGUGGGCGGUUUCAACGAGGGCGGCCUGCGGAGAGGUCAGCGGCGGCUGCAGGGCGAAGAGGUGGUGCAUGACCUGCUGGUGACACUAGAGGAGGUGAUGCAGGGCUGCACCAAGCACGUGAAGAUCACCCGCAGCCGCCUGAACCCCGACGGCCGCAGCGUACGGUCCGAGGAGAAGGUGCUGAACGUGGUGGUGAAGAAAGGCUGGAAAUCAGGGACAAAGAUCACCUUCCCCAGGGAGGGAGACGAGACGCCCAACAGCACCCCCGCAGACAUCACCUUCAUCCUCAGGGACAAGGAGCACACACAGUACAAGAGAGACGGCUGCCACAUCGUCUUCACCGCAAAGAUCACCCUCAAGGAGGCUCUUUGUGGCUGCACAGUUAACGUCCCAACACUUGACAACCGGAUGAUGCCUCUACCAUGCAGCGAUGUUAUCAAACCAGGUGCCGUGCGGCGGCUGAGGGGCGAGGGUCUGCCCCUGCCCAAGAGCCCGUCCCAGCGGGGCGACUUGGUGGUGGAGUUCCAGGUGCUCUUCCCCGACAGGAUCCCACCGCAGUCCCGCGAGAUCAUCAAGCACAGCCUGGCCCAGUGCUAACCUGCUUAUGACUGACACAGCUUCACCAUGUGUGUAUGUUGUUAUCAAACACAGCCUUGCCUAAGGUGCUAAUAUGACAACCAAUCACAACCUCUUAUUGUGUUUGGAAAUGGCAAACCAGCGCUUAAGUGAGUUGUAGUUCGAUGAGGAGGCGACUUUCUGCAGGCACGACGCACAACAACUAUGAUGCCACCUGAGCAGUGAGUGUAGAAGUGAAGAAUGGGGUCUUUGGCGACUCCACAGCCUUUCUUGAGUGAAAAGGGCAUCUGUACUGUUAUACUAGCAGGAUAUCAGUGUGCUAUUCGAGUCUGUAUAGACUUCCUUAAACCUGAAUGGUAGAAACACGUGAAGAAAAUAACAACUUUAUUAUAGUUAUAUGGUGCUCAUAUGACUGAUUUUUUGCAUUGAUUUAUUACAAUAGCAUAAUAUAUACUUGUGUACAAGGAUCUACUUUGUGUACAAAAUGCAAACAUAUUGUCUCUAAGAGAGAUUCAUCUGUCAAAUGUUCUAUUGAAUUAUUUGAAAUGUUUGUAUAUAUUCCGCAUGAAAAAUAAAAGAAAUAAAAAAAACACUAUCUGA